AUGGAAUUAAUGUCAAGCAGUGAGGAUGAAAGCUACGAGAGCACUAAGGACCCUUUCCCGGCGCAACAUGAGACGCACUUAAAGCCUUCUGUCAGUCACGAUAGUCUGGAGGAUGAGCUGCUGAGCCCUUCAGCGCGCGUACGGGCAUACGACCUAACCGUAACGGCUGUGGAAGCAUGUCAGAAGCCUGUGAUCUCGGCGCGCGAGCUGCUCCUGAACUUUCGACCACCGCAGCAGAAUAUAAUUGUGUCACCUGCACAAGAGACAGCGAUUGAUGCAGCUUUGGCUGCCUAUUCCACGGUCACACCGAAGAAACAUGUUACUUCUUUGGCAACCGAGAAGAAGGAGAAAGACCUGUCGGUUGGUGAACGAAUUGCCCUAAUGUAUGGCCUCGUGGCUACGGCGAGGACGCCGCCUAAGGAAUUGACCCCAUAUCGAUUUAGUUUUGGUUCGACAAGUUUGCAUCCUACUGCUGUUCGGUGCUUAACGAAGUGCGAGGACCAACAAGACGACAAAAAUACUGCGCCUCAGGUGCUGACGAAUUUAACAAGCAAGACACGAAAAAGAUCUUUCUGGGACGUUCAAAUGGAGGAUGAAUGUACUGAAGACAAAACAUCAGAGGCAUCGGCAAUGUCUCCAUUCAGCAAUUCAGGCGAAUACAUGGUAAUGAAGCAAAAGCGGCAACGUCGGUUACAAGCGGCGGACGUUAUGGCUGGUAGCGUGAUGGGAUUUAGUCAUAAAGGUUACAGCAAUGAUGUAAACGGUAAUGUGUGGGCUGCCAGACCACGACGGCAACAUGUCUUCGGCUCUGCUCUUCCCAGAAUCGAUGACGAUGCAGACGAAUGGAUGUCCGACUCGAAGGAAGCACCUUCGAGCAACCAGACGAUUUCUAGCAAUGUUAUCGUGACGGAAGGUAAGAAAUACGUAAAUUCUGUCCGACAAAGUGCUCUGAAUAGUCGACAAAUUGAGGAGGGAAACCGAACGUCGUCGAACAAGCUAUUACAUAAUCGAGUACGAACAGACGGGAGUGAUUCUAGCGAAGAUGGCAAGGAGGUCUACACAGUCGAUCGAUGGCCGCAGCUGGAAUUGCCGAAGAUCAACGCUGGACCUAUGAUCCUAAUAUCAUCGGAGGAUGCCAACUCCAAUGCACUUGAAGUAUGUGCGAAUAUGAACAGUUAUCUGUGUGACUAUCAGCGCGAAGGUGUUAAUUUUCUUUACAGCGCUUAUCGGCGGAACACUGGCGCAAUUUUGGGUGACGACAUGGGUCUAGGAAAGACGAUUCAGGUCAUUGCAUUCUUAUCAGCGAUUCUUGGCAAGCGUGGUGAUUAUCGUGACAAAGAUGCCUGGAGAGUACUGCUGCGCCAGCGUCGUGAGCGGUUUAAUGACAGUGAUUGCAUGGGUCAUCCAGAAGACUGGGAAUUUAGCUUUGAUGGUGAGACGGCGCCAAUUUUAAUCGCAAUGCCUGCAUCUUUGCUUCAAAACUGGGAACAAGAGCUUUGUACUUGGAUGAGUUGCACUACUGUCAUCUUGCGCGGAAGAUCGAGUGACCGCGACGCAAUGAUCGACCAGAUUGCCAGGGGGGAAUACGAAAUCGUCAUUUGCAGCUAUGAUAUUCUGAAGAUGUAUACGAGUCGGUUGUACAAAAUUCCGUGGGAGACUGUGAUCUUGGAUGAAAUGCACUGCCUGAAGAACCCCGAAUCUCAACUUACUAAAGCUGUCAAAGCGAUUCUGUGCCGCAAGAAGCUUGGACUUACUGGUACAUUGAUGCAAAAUAAUGAGAAGGAACUUCAUUGCUUGGUUGACACAAUCGCCCCGGGAGCUAUUGGGUCGUGGAUCGAGUUUAGUAUGUAUUACGGAAACGAUAUCAAAUAUGGUAGGAAAAAGUCUGCUGCUCCUGAAGCCGUUCAGCGAAGUCGUCACAAAGAAAAAGAGCUGCGCAGAAAGCUGCGACUGUACUACCUUCGGCGAGAGAAAGAAGUCAAUCCGACGUUUCGAGAAGUCAAAAAGAAUGACCAAGUGAUUUUCUGUGACCUUACGCCGCUGCAGAUGGCAGCAUAUCGACGGGUAUUGGCGAUGCCCGAGUUUCAACUUCUUCGACGAGGCGAAGAGAAAUGCGAUUGCGGUCGCGAUAGUAACGAGAAACGAAAAAAGUGCUGCUAUAAAACACCUAAAGAUAUCAGUGAUGCCCCUGGAUUGCUGUACGAGCGUUUUUACGACGAUAAACCGUGCAGCUAUUGCCCAAAUUGCAUGUGUCUUCCAUGUGUGGCCAUGCUGUUGAAGCUAUCGAAUCAUUUAGAGUUACUGAAGGUUAAUCCGUGUGAUGGGUUGGAGAUACAACAGUACCAAGCUGAAUUUGCAAGAACAGCUUUCGGUAGCGACCUCGAUGCUGUUGGGGGUGUAAACCAGGUGUCAAGCUUUCAAGAAAUGUGCUCUAUAUCGACGAAGGCGUGCGGGAAGAUGAUAGUACUAGAGAAGUUGCUGUCGGUGUGGAAGAAACGCCGGGAACGCGCUCUUAUCUUUAGUCGAAGCACUCGAAUGCUGGACAUCAUCCAGCUCUUUAUAAUUGCAAAGGCGACAAGGUACAGUCGACUGGACGGAACGACGAAAGUGGAGGAGCGUUUGCAAAUGGUCAAUGACUUCAACAAUCCUGACAGCAAUACUACUGUGUUUUUGAUCAGUACGAGGGCUGGCGGUGUGGGUCUAAACUUACAAAGUGCAACGAAUGUCGUGAUUUUUGACCCCAGCUGGAACCCAGCACACGACUGUCAGGCUCAGGAUCGGGCGUAUCGGAUCGGUCAGACCAAAGAUGUGCAGGUUUACAGACUUAUUACCCUCGGAACAAUCGAAGAGAUGAUCUACGUUCGGCAAAUUUAUAAGCAGCAGCUCAGCGACACGACCUUGAAGGGUGCCAACGCACCCCGUUACUUUGAAGGUGUUCAAGGAAACCCACACCAGCGGGGAGAGCUCUUCGGUAUCGCGAACUUGAUCGAUUGGAAACCAGGUGGUGUGCUCAAGGGAAUCCAGGACGCGUACCAGCGGAGCCAUGACGGCUUGAUAGUGCAGCAAAACCGAGUUCGGUAUGACGCUGUGUCCAUGCGGAAGUCGACGAAAAAGUCGAGCACGAAGAUUCGACCGUCCGCGGUUGACAAUGAUGAUGGUGAAAUGAUCGAGGUGGCCAACGAAAUCGUGUCGGAGAUGACGAUACCAGAAGACUCACGGGCACCGAUUCCCGCGAAAGAAAUGGCUGCUGGAGUCAAUAGUGACACAUGUUGUAAGGACAUGGACGCGCUUUUGAAUGAAGCCUCAAAAUUUUGCCACGAUGAGAUCCUUAGUAAGCCAGAAGACGAGCAGAACGACAGAACCGGAGACGUUCGGCUGGACGAACGUGGACGGCAAUGUGGAAGCGACUGA